AUGGACCCCUCAUCCUCUCCCGUAACCUCUCCCGCAUCCCCACCACCCCACAACCCAUACGCCGAAUGCACCAUCACCAACCCCACCACCUUCUCCGCCUGGCUCGACGACAUCGGCCCCUCCAACACAAACCUCAUAACACACCUCACACUACUCCCCUCCCAACACCUCAGACGCAUUGUGUCCCUCUCCAGCCUCGGAGACACCCUCGGUGAUUCCAUCGGCGACACCUUAACCUUCUCAGAACUCCAAUCCUGGAUUGCCCUCCUCCAACGACUCGCCAAUCUCGCCACCGGAAUUCGUUCUCUGACCGUUUUCUUCGCAGCAGAUGUAUCGGGCGGAGAUACGCAUCGCUAUCGCCGGGGCGUGGGUGAAUGUUUGGGGUUUGUGUGGGCGAUUGGAAAGUUUAAUGGCUUGGAUUAUGUGGAUUUGCAGGGGUACUUUCCGCUGCAGUGGCCGUAUUAUUUGAGGGGGGUUUGGGGUGAGGAGGGGACAAGGAUUUAUAAUUCGAAUCCGGCGCCGGAGGGGUUGUUAUGGCAAUGGAGGCAGGGGACUGAGAGGUUGGAUCCGAGGGAUUUUGGAUGGCAGUGA